CGCCAAGCCCUUUGGGACAAGGAUCGUUUCUUCCAAGCUACUGAGGACAGCUUAGAAUAGCUUCACUUCUACACACUGCUUUAUGGCAAUUGCUGGACAGUCCCCUAUUGUGCUGUCCAACCCCCCAAUUUAAGCGAUCUUUGCGUGCCUUAACGAUGCGUCGUUCCAUGACGCUAUCCUCGCAAUGGGCAGCAUUUUUUGUGUUGUUCUCAGCACUGUGUUGCUUGUUUACUCCAACUGGUACAGUGUGCCCUCAUAUUUCUUGCCCUAAUUUAGUACUGAUUUGGUUCUCCAGUGGCUGUAAAAUAUGAGAAUUUCAAGACCUGCGAUCAGGCGGGCUUCUGCAAACGAAAUCGAGCGUAUGCUGAUGCAGCAAAGGCCACCGGAUGGCAGGCUCCUUUUCAACUAGUGCCAGAGUCCUUGAGUUGGAAAGAUGGGCAACUAAAAGGCACGAUUCUGAAGACGAUCAACAAAGCUGGUGAGACGGUCCGGUUACCUGCCACCAUUACAUUUUUGGAAUCAGGAUCAGCGAGAGUGACAAUCGACGAGGAGAAGCGUCAAAAGGGCGAAAUUGAGUUGAGGCACAACAGUACUGCACGAAAGGAACGAUACAAUGAGGCCGAAUCCUGGGUUAUUGUUGGGGGGCUCGAUGCCAGCACCACAGCUAGCGAAUCAAGGGAAUCUACACAGACCAUCAUCACCUACGGCCCGGAAGGUAAAUUUGAGGCUGUCGUCACAUUCGCUCCUUUCGGUAUUGAAUUCAAGCGAGACGGUUCCACGCAAGUUAAGCUCAACGACCGCGGAUUGUUGAACGUGGAGCACUGGAGACCAAAGGUUGAAAAGGUUGAGGCCGAGAAGAAGGAGGGUGAAGAGACUCCUGCUGCUGAGGUCGAAAAGACUGAAGAUGAUAGCACGUGGUGGGACGAGUCGUUUGGUGGACAAACGGACAGCAAGCCUAAAGGACCGGAAAGUGUGUCCCUUGACAUUACCUUCCCUGGUUAUGACCAUGUAUAUGGUAUUCCAGAGCAUGCGGGACCAUUGUCUCUCAAACAGACUCGUGGGGGAACCAACAACCACGAGGACCCUUACCGUUUAUAUAACGCUGAUGUUUUCGAAUAUAUUAUGGAUAGUCCAAUGACUCUCUAUGGUGCUAUUCCAUUUAUGCAAGCACACAAGAAGGACUCAACAGUUGGAAUCUUCUGGCUCAACGCGGCAGAGACUUGGAUCGAUAUCAUCAAGGAAACGGAGGCUCAUAACCCUCUCAGUCUUGGCAUCGGCUCCGGGACUGACACCAAGACUCACUGGUUCUCUGAAAGUGGAUUGAUUGAUGUUUUCGUAUUCCUUGGACCAACACCUAAGGAUGUCAUCAAGACAUACAGUGAGCUCACUGGAACCACUCAACUCCCUCAGGAGUUUUCCAUUGCCUAUCACCAGUGCCGAUGGAAUUAUAAUACAGACGAGGAUGUCAAGGAUGUUGACAGAAAGAUGUCAAAGCAUCAGAUUCCUUAUGAUGUUAUCUGGCUCGAUAUUGAAUACACUGAUGACAAACAAUACUUCACUUGGGAUUCUCUUUCUUUCCCUAACCCCGUUGGUAUGCUUGAGCAACUUAACCAAACUGAGAGAAAACUUGUUGCUAUCAUUGAUCCUCAUAUUAAGAACAAGGAGGGAUACAAGGUUUCCGAGGAUUUGAAGAAGAAGGAUCUUGCUGUUCACAACAAAGAUGGAAACAUCUACGAGGGUUGGUGCUGGCCAGGCUCAUCUCAUUGGAUUGAUUGCUUCAACCCCGCCGCGAUUAAAUGGUGGAUCAGUCUUUUCAAAUACGACAUAUUUAAGGGAAGCAUGUCCAACGUUUUCAUUUGGAACGAUAUGAACGAGCCUUCUGUUUUUAACGGCCCAGAGACUACCAUGCCAAAGGACAACUUGCACCAUGGUAACUGGGAGCAUCGUGAUGUCCACAAUCUCAACGGGAUGACAUUCCACAAUGCAACAUACCAAGCCAUGCUUGAGCGAAAGAAGGGCGAGAUCCGACGUCCAUUUGUCUUGACUCGUUCUUACUUUGCUGGUAGUCAACGUGUUGGAGCCAUGUGGACUGGUGAUAACCAAGCCAGCUGGGAUCAUCUUGCUGCUGGUUUUCCCAUGAUCCUCAACAACGGUAUCGCAGGUUAUCCAUUCGCCGGUGCUGAUGUGGGAGGAUUUUUUGGAAACCCCGAAAAAGAUCUACUCACUAGAUGGUACCAAGCUGGUGCCUUCUAUCCAUUCUUCCGUGGGCACGCUCAUAUUGAUACCCGCCGGAGAGAGCCAUAUCUCAUUGGCGAGCCAUACACCGGUAUUAUUACUCAAGCCUUACGUCUCCGUUAUUCUCUUCUUCCUGCUUGGUAUACUGCUUUCCACGAGGCUAGUGUCGAUGGCACACCUAUCAUCCGCCCUCAUUACUUCGUCUAUCCAAGUGAUGAGGCUGGUUUUGCUCUCGACGAUCAAUUCUUCGUUGGUGGUACCGGACUUCUCGCCAAGCCUGUUGUCAAGGAGGGUGCAACCACUGUCGAUAUUUACCUUCCCGAUGAAGAAAUUUACUACGAUUACUUCAACUAUGAGACAUGCUCUGGUAAAGGAUCAAACACCAUCCAGGCACCUCUUGAAAAAGUCCCUCUAUUGAUGCAAGGAGGUCACGUCAUCCCCCGCAAAGACCGUCCCAGACGAAGCAGUGGACUUAUGAAAUGGGAUCCUUAUACUCUUGUCGUUGUCCUCAACAAAGCUGGAACAGCCUCAGGAGAGCUCUACGUUGAUGAUGGAGAGACUUUCAAUUACCAACUGGGUGCUUAUAUUAAGCGCGCCUUCGAGUACAAGGACGGUGUCCUUUCGAGUACCGAUAGCGGUACCAAGGGUAAAUUGACUGACAAAUAUCUCAAGACGAUGAAGACAGUUGGUAUAGAAAAGAUUAUCGUUGUUGGUGCCCCAAAGAACUGGGAGGCUAAGAAGAGUGUCAAGGUUGGAAAAGGAGAUGCUAAUUUCGAAUUCCAUGCUGAGGAAGGAAAAUCGGCUGCUUGGGCCGUUGUCAAGAACCCUGCCAUCCAGAUUGGUGAGGACUGGACGAUUGAGUUCUAGAGUGUAGAUUGGAGGUGGGAGGGUUUGUUUAGCGAUAUGAAUGAUAGAUUUGGUGUGUAAAGAUAUUAUUUGAAAUGAUUCCAGUUCA